CUUUUUUCUUUUCUUUUCUCUAUGGAGAUAGCUUCCGCGGCCGCCCACCAAAUCUCGCCCAUGGUUUCCUCCCGCGACCCCGGCGAGGAGGCCAGCGCGCCGCCGCCCCCGCCCCCGCGCCGCGGCGAGAAGCGGCGAAUGCGCGGCCGCACCCCGUCGCCGGAGCCGGCCUCCGCGCCGCAGGAUCUCUGCCCAUCAGGAGCUUGCGGGGACAAUGUUGCUGGAGCUACAACUACAAAUGGAAAGUGGCAUCCACAUGAAUCGUACAGACCUGAAAUUGAUGAUGCCCCUGUUUUCACUCCAACGGAAGAGGAGUUUAAAGAUCCAAUUAGAUAUAUUACGAGCAUUCGUCCCCAAGCAGAAAAGUAUGGAAUUUGUCGUAUUGUUCCACCAUCUUCUUGGCGACCGCCUUGUUCUCUGAAGGAGAAGAACUUCUGGGAAUGUACAGAGUUCAAUACCCGUGUUCAACAAGUUGACAAGCUUCAAAACCGGGAACCCACAAAGAAAAAAUCACAACCUCGAGUUCAGAAGAAGAGGAAGAGGAGAAAGAGACUGAGAUUUGGGAUGACUCACAGGCGUCCUAGUGCAAAUACAUCAGAAGACUGCGCAGAUGCAGACGAGAAGUUUGGCUUUCAAUCUGGCUCAGAUUUCACACUAGAUGAGUUUCAGAAAUAUGCAGAUGAGUUUAAGCAGCAGUAUUUUGGAAUAAAGGGAAGUGACGAAAUCCCUCUUUCUGAAAUUAAAAAGAAGAAAAAAAAUUGGCAACCAUCGGUCGAUGAAAUAGAGGGAGAAUAUUGGCGGAUAGUUGUAUGCCCCACUGACGAAGUUGAGGUGGAUUAUGGUGCUGAUUUGGACACUUCAAUGUUCAGUAGUGGAUUCUCUAAAUUAUCUUCAGAUUCAAAUAGACGAGAUCCAUAUGGUUUAUCUUGUUGGAAUUUGAACAAUCUUCCACGUAUUCCUGGGUCUGUACUGUCAUUUGAAACUGAGGAUAUAUCUGGCGUCGUAGUCCCUUGGCUUUAUGUAGGGAUGUGCUUCUCAUCAUUCUGUUGGCACGUGGAAGAUCAUUUCCUUUAUUCUAUGAAUUACAUGCAUUUUGGUGAACCAAAAGUAUGGUAUGGUGUUCCUGGUGCUGAUGCAGUGAAGCUGGAAGAAGCUAUGAGAAAGAACUUACCAAGAUUGUUUGAAGAACAGCCUGAUCUCCUACAUGAGCUGGUUACGCAAUUAUCUCCUUCUGUUCUUAAAUCAGAAGGAGUUCCUGUUUAUCGUGUUGUUCAGAAUCCAGGCGAGUUUGUUCUAACGCUACCGCGAGCUUACCAUUCUGGGUUCAACUGUGGCUUCAACUGUGCGGAGGCAGUAAAUGUCGCACCUGUGGAUUGGCUGCCUCACGGACAAUGUGCUGUUGAGCUCUACAGGGAGCAGCGGCGCAAGACAUCCAUAUCACAUGACAAAUUAUUACUAAAAACUGCAAAUGAAGCUGUCAGACAGCUUUGGAUGAACCUUAGCGACUGCAAAAGUGAACAAGGAGUAUACAGAUGGCAGGAUACUUGCGGAAAGGACGGAAUGCUGACAAGUGCAAUUAAGACAAGGGUUAAAAUGGAGAAGGCAGCACGGGGAGGGAAUAUGGCACUGCGAUAUAAGAAAAUGGAUGGGGAUUAUGAUUCAGCUGACCGGGAAUGCUUUUCAUGUUUUUAUGAUCUCCAUUUGUCAGCUGUCAGCUGCCAAUGCUCCCCAAAUCGUUUUGCUUGCUUAAACCAUGCAAACAUUCUAUGUUCAUGUGAAAUGGACAGAAAAACCGCGUUGUUGCGGUAUACCAUAGAGGAGCUCCAUACUCUUGUUGCAGCUCUAGAGGGUGAUCCAACUGCGGUCUACCAGUGGGGACAGAAUGAUUUAGGUUUAGUCUGCCCAUCUGGUUCUACUCAGUACAAGAAGAUGGACUUGGGUGAAAACACGGAAUUUCCGGAUUCAGCAACCAACGUCAAUCAUGGCUGCAGCUUAGGAAGUCAAGAUCAAUAUCACUAUGACCCCGCAAAGCCAGCAGGAUACCAGCAAGAGAAGGGAAUCCAGAUUGCUUCAGAAAAACAUGAUAAGAACAAGAUGGUUGUCAAUCUUGAGUCUCCAGCAACAGCUAGUAAUCCAAGCAGGUCAAAGUCUGACUGCAGUGGCUCACUGUCCUUGAAUCAUUCAUCUGAGUUACCAUCUUCAAGAAUUCAAACAGGAAAUUCUACGCUAGCUUCCAUUACCACAGAGAAACUGUUUGGUGUUGACAUUAAAUCCAAUUUAGCACAGUCUUCUGAUGGCCAAGUUAGUCAAUUGGCCAAGCCUUCCUCGAGCCAAACUGAUGAAGUCUCUAAGCCAGCAAUAGCUAAGUAUACGGUUGAGCUGCUAGACAGUGGAACAAUGAUGAUUGGUAAAAAGUGGUGCAAUCAGCAAGCUAUAUUCCCCAAAGGAUUUAAGAGUCGAGUUACAUUUCAUAGUGUACUAGAUCCAACAAGGACAUGCUGCUACAUCUCCGAAGUUCUUGAUGCUGGGCUUCUUGGACCAUUGUUUAGGGUGACUGUCGAAGGUCUUCCAGAAGUUUCGUUUACUCACACAUCACCAAUGCAAUGUUGGGACAGUGUAAGAGACAGAGUAAAUGAAGAAAUAGCAAAACAAAUAAGUUUUGGAAAAUCUGGCCUUCCUGAUUUUCUAUCCUGCAAUUCUUUGAAUGGACUUGAAAUGUUUGGGUUCUUAUCCUCCCCUAUAAUUAAGGAAAUCGAGGCUCUAGAUCCCUGUCACCAAUGCUUGGACUAUUGGUUGUCAAGGGUUUCUUCUGUUGGAACUGAACUCCCCUCGGAAUCUGUGAUGGCAGCAAUGGUUAAUGACUCCACUAACCCCCCAAUAAAGUUGCUCGGGAUUGAGAUUAACCGGAGGGAAUCAGAACAAUCAAGUAGCUUCAAUAAUUCCUGUGUGAGGAGGUCACACUUGGCAGGUUGCUGAAGAAGGCUAGCUAAGCUCCCAGAAGAACCAGAGCUAAUGGCGAUGAAAAGAAGUAUUCAGUAGCAGUCUAGUGGAUCAGAUAGCAGUGGUAUCAUCUGGAGUGGCAAUUGCCACUCUCCAGGAUGAGAUGAACAAUAAUGUAGAUACAUAGUGCCAUGAAUAGAUCAGAAAUUUCAGAUAACUCAUCCUAGACAGCUUCCCUAGGGAACCAUUAGAAUUGAAAUAGAGCCACCAUUGGUUUGCAUUCUUCUAGAAUUGCAUUUCUUGAUAUUCAUUUCAGCUUGAUCCCAAUUCAUUUCUAACUUGAUGGCAACAAGUUAUUGUAUUCUCUAAUUGUUUCUGGAUUAGCCAGUUUAUUGUGACCAAUGUAACAAGUUGAUGUUUCCUGUCGACAUAAAGCUUACAUGUACAAACCUUGGCAGCUACCAAUUGGAAAUGAAAGGAAGAAAAUGUUUUCGGACU